AUGGGUGCUUUGGAAACCUUAGUAGUCUUUCUUUCAAGCUCUCUGUGCCUGUUCCUUUUCUUAACUCUCAUCACGUUCCUUCACAAAUUUUUGUGGGUGCCAAUUCGAAUCCAACACAGGAUGCGGUCACAGGGAAUCAACGGUCCUUCUUACAAAUUCAUCCGUGGGAACACCAAAGAGGCCUUAAUCAUGAGGAAGGAAAAAAUGAUUAGACCUAUGAAUUUAUCACAUCACAUAUUUCCAAGAAUUCAGCCUCACAUUUGCUCUUGGAUCAACACAUAUGGUAAGAUCUAUCUCAGUUGGUAUGGUGCCAAAGCUCAGUUAUUUGUUACGGAAUCAGAAUUUGUUAAAGAGCUACUGAACAAUAGAGAUAGAGCUUAUGUGAAAACAGACACUGAAGGCUUUUUGAAGAAGCUACUAGGAAAUGGUAUUCUGGUAUCAGAAGGAAAAAAAUGGACAAAAUUACGGAAACUAGCCAAUCAUGCUUUCCAUGCAGAUCGGUUGAAGAAUAUGAUUCCGGAAAUGAUUUCAAGUGCGGAUAUGAUGCUAGAAAGGUUGAAACAGUAUGAAGGAAAAGAGGUGGAUAUGUAUGAAGAGUUCAGGCUAUUAACAUCAGAAGUGAUUUCCAGAACAGCUUUUGGGAGCAGUUAUUUAGAAGGGAAAGACAUAUUUGAAAUGUUGAUAAAGUUGUCUAUGAUAAAUAUCCGAAACGCUUUCAAGAUUAGGCUUCCUGGCAUCAGUAAAUUCUUCAGAACUGCUGAUGAUAUAGAAUCAGAUAAACUUGAACAAGGAAUCCAUGAUUCCAUUAUAAGGAUUAUAAAGCAAAGAGAGAAGACAAUGACUGGAGAAGUAGAUAACUUCGGGACUGAUUUACUUGGAUUACUAGUGAAGGCCAAUCAUGAUGCUGAUGAGAACUAUAGGAUAACAGUAGAAGAUGUGGUUGACGAAUGCAAGACCUUUUACAUUGCUGGACACGAAACUACUACGACCUUACUUGCAUGGACUGCUCUUCUUCUAGCAAUCCACACAGAUUGGCAAGAGAAAGCGAGGCAAGAGGUGAUAGAGUUAUUUGGCAAACAACAACCAAAUUCGGAAGGCAUUGGAAGGCUAAAAACAACAAACAUGAUCAUCAAUGAAUCGCUAAGACUAUAUCCUCCAGUGUCUCAAUUUGUAAGAAAAACUAAACAUGAAGUCAAAUUGGGGAAGUUCAUUAUUCCAGCCAAUAUAGAGCUGAAUAUGCCAACACUGGCACUUCAUCAUGACCCUCAAGUAUGGGGAGAAGACGCACUGCUUUUCAAACCAGAGAGAUUUUCUGAAGGGGUUGCUAAAGCUACCAACAACAACCAAGCACUGUUUAUUCCCUUCGGUUUGGGACCUCGAAAUUGUGUAGGAAUGAACUUUGCAAUCAACGAAACGAAGAUUGCUCUGUCAAUGAUUCUGCAGCACUACAGCUUCACCCUCUCCCCAACUUAUAUUCACUCACCAGUCAUAGUUGUGACAAUUCGCCCGCAACAUGGGGUUCCAGUAAUACUCCAUGCUCUGUAGUAUGCACUAGAGUUGUUAGUAGAAUGUGAAGUGAAAGAAAUAACCAACAGA